AGGGGGUGGGGAAAUGGUGACAGCUCCAGGAAGCCGGCGGCGGCACCGGGAGACACCGAGGGGACGCAGCCCGCGGGGUGGCAGCUCCCAGCCCGCGCCCGCCAAGCCCGCCGCCGCCAUGGGCUCCCCGCAGCGUCCGCCGCUCGCCCACGUCUUCAAGGGGACCUUCGUGCACUCCAGCGCCUCCGCCCCCAUGGAGAUCCUCCACGGACACCUUCUGGGGGUGGACGAUAACGGGACGAUUGUGUUUGUGGAACAAGCUGAUCAGCUAGAGGAACUGGCUAAGACGUGGGGGUUCAAAACAUCUGACAUAAGACAACUGAGUAAACAUGAAUUCUUCAUGCCAGGAUUGGUUGAUACACAUAUUCAUGCCCCUCAGUAUUCAUUUACUGGUACAAGAGUAGACCUGCCUCUUUUGCAGUGGUUGACUUCCUACACAUUCCCAACAGAAGCCAAAUACCAGGACAGUGGUUUUGCAGAAGAAGUGUACACCAGAGUUGUUAGACGAACGCUAAAGAAUGGCACGACUACAGCUUGCUACUUUGCAACAAUUCACACAGAUAGUUCUCUUCUUCUCGCUGAAAUUACAGAUAAAUUUGGUCAACGAGCAUUUGUUGGAAAAGUCUGCAUGGAUACGAAUGACAGUGUGCCACAAUACAGAGAGAUUACUGCUGACUGUGUCCAAGAGACAGAAAGGUUUGUCAAAGAACUACUGGAAAAGAAAUAUCCCAGAGUACAGCCUAUAAUAACACCCCGCUUUGGCCCCUCCUGCACAGAGGACUUGCUGAAUGCCCUUGGCGAUUUAGCAGAGACUCACGAUCUCCAUGUGCAGAGUCACAUAAGUGAGAAUGAAGAAGAAGUCAAACUUGUGGAGAACAUGUUUCCUGCCUACCAGAAUUACACCGAACUGUAUGAUAAAAACAAGCUGCUAACCAGCAAGACAGUCAUGGCUCACGCCUGUCAUCUUUCUGAAGAAGAGCUGAAACUUUUUAGUCUUCGUGGAGCUGCAAUUUCACAUUGCCCCAAUUCUAACUUUUCGUUGCGCAGCGGUGUCUUAAAUGUGCGAAAGGUUCUUGAACACAAUGUGAAGCUUGGUCUUGGCACAGAUGUUGCUGGUGGAUAUUCAGCUUCUAUGCUUGAUGCUAUAAGGAAAACAAUGAUGGCAUCUAAUAGCCUUCAGAUCAAUAAAGUGAAUGAAACAGGACUAACCCUUGAAGAAGCUUUUCAGCUUGCCACUCUGGGAGGAAGCCAAGCUCUAGGACUAGAUGAUGUGAUUGGAAACUUUGAGGUGGGCAAAGAAUUUGAUGCACUGCUAAUCAACACGAAGGCUUCAGAUAGCCCUUUUGACUUGUUCUCUGCUGAUGAUUUUGAGGACACUCUCCAGAAGUUCCUGUACCUAGGUGAUGAUCGGAAUAUUUCUGAAGUGUAUGUGGCUGGAAAGCAAGUGGUUCCUUUUUCAAGCUCUGUAUAAAUCCAUUUCCCUUUUGCAAAAUACUCUGCUGAUCAUUCUGCAUCUGAUUUGGAAAAGAUUGUUUAAACACAGUGCCUGAUCAUCAGGAAUGACACCUCACUUUUGGAUAAUGUUAUAAAAUUUGAAAACAUUGAAAAUUUUGUUAGACCUCUUGAGAAUUACUUUACCAAAAUUUUCAUCAUUCUAGAGGGAAUGGCUAUUUAAAUAUCUCUGUAAAAAUUUGUGCAUUAAUGGGGAUUUGAUAAAUACCUUAUUUAAAGAGGACACCUGCUGUUCUGUUCAAUAAUAGUAUAGGAAGCACUAUGUGGAACAAUGAGAUGCUCAUUGUCUAUAGGGAUUUAAAAAAACCCCACUGCUUGUAAAUUGAUGGUCCAGGUAAUGGAUAUCAUGGAAGAAUGCAAUUUCCAUAGUAUUAUCGUCAAGUAUGGAAAAAUUAGUGUCAUUUUGGAGAAUGUAGAGCAGUUUUCAGUUUUUCCCAGGAGCUUUUUUAAAAAAAAAAAUUAUUUAGAACAUUAUUUUUAAAGAGGAAUUUAGUAAGACGUGUGUGUUUAUAAAUAAAUAAGGAUCCUUAUCAAAGAGUUCAGAAUUGUCAUUUGUAGUCAGGCAGUCCAUUGAAUUACCUUGAUCUGAGUGAUGGCUGAAUGAAACUUUUGUUUAUUAGAAGCAGGCACUAAGAUAUCUCUGCAGGCUACACAAUGGCAAACAAAUUAAGAGGGUUUUCUGGACUAGAGGGAGUGCUUCAUCUAGUUCAGCAUCCUGCAGAAUCUUCCCAAACUCAUUUGCUCCUGACUGUUCAGACAGGAUGAUGAUGUCCCUUCUCCUUUCUGCAAGGGAAGUGAGUGCAUUUAAAAAAUUUCCACGAGAAAUGGUCUCUUUCUGGCCAUUACCACCUUUGACUCGAGGUGAAAAUCAUCACUGAAAAAAGCAGCUCAGCUUUCAUGUGCUCUUUGUGUCUUUCAAUGUGGCAGCCAUAAUUCCAGCCCUGUACAAUUCCAGGAUUCCAGGUAAAAAAUAUGCCCUUUUUGUUUUGGAAAUCUGUGUGACUUCCUUUCCUAAAAAGGCAUAUUUCCCUGCUUUUUAUCAGAGCCUUUUUUUUUUUUUUUUGUGAUAUUUGUUUGAGGAGGGGAUUACUUCUUAUUUCUUUAUUAUGUUUUUGCAACACAAAGGAUGCAAGCUUUAAUUUCAGGGUCAUUAGAGACCAAUAUUGUAUUUAGAUACUGUAAACAUGUGUUGAAUAUGGUUUUAAGGCCUGCUUCAAGCUUCUUUGAUUUCACUAAGCCUUGUUUCGCACUUUUAUCUCACUGCCUGGGGAUAUAGGACUUACCUCUGUUCACAAAACAAGGGAAGUCACUGCACCAAAGUUUCACUUUAUGUCUACUUCUGACAGAGUGCUUGGCCCAACGUCACUCAUAAUGUUCUGAUUUUAAAAGCAUUUUCAGAGCUUAUUGUAUUGUUAUGAUUACGCCUACAUGAGACAGCAUAGCAUCAAGGGGAAGAGUAACAGCUAAUUUGGGCACUUAAAGCAGUACAGUCUGUUCAGUGUGGUUUUUUUGCCAAAGCUGAGGGGCCAUACCAAACAGCAGGGAAUAACCAGGAGAUGUCUUGCAGACAUCACCUGGAUGCAGCCGCUCACUGAGAGUUCACUCAGGUAUCUUCCAGGUUGCUGCACUGUGCCACUGCUUGCCGAGGUACAGCCUUCCUACCCAUUCAAAGACUUCUAAGGCUUUAGGAGUCAAGAUCUAAGGAUUAAGAUUUACACAUUCCAUCAGGGUGUUUUCUCAACCAUGAUGUUUUUCAUGUGUCCCAAUCACCUACACAGUAGCACACUUGUUCAGCAAAUAACAAUCUUCAGCUCUUUCACUUGGUUUCCUGAUUCAGGGAGCAUUUUUUCUCAUGAAUUUUGACAUGAAUUUAAUUGACCAAAUUUCACAUUUCAAAACCAAAGAUCUGUGAGACACAUGUUUUAAUCCUCCCAGUUACUGUUUGAAACUAUUUUUAGGAAAUUACAUGGUUUUCAGCUUUGGCUUUCCUGUGGUGGAGAAAGAUCACACAGCCUUGUGUACAAUGCAUGCUAGUGCCCUACUUCUUUGCCUCCAGAGCUAUGAAUUAAGUCAAUGCUUUUAUUUUAGUGGUAGUCUUAACUGUCUCUGACUUAAUUGUUUUCCCAUUAUUUUCUGGUGUUUUUAAGAAAGGGAUUCAGAUUUCUUCUUAAAAUACUUUUGAGGAUGGACAGGUUGCUUAUUUAAAAACCAGGAACACACUAAAACUUUAACAAGUUCAGGACUACACUGCUGGCCCAGUAACAAAGGGACUCUCUAGGAUAACUGCUGCCAGUGAGCUUUGUAUCUGAAUUUUUACUGUGUCACGAGCAGUUUGACUCUUGUUAAAUUCAGGGACAAGGUAGGAACUCACCUUUUGACCAGGAGGAGUGAGGACCAAGAUGGAUAGGACUACCUUAAAUGCUGAGGUGCUUAGGCAUAAAGGAAAGAAGUCUGAAUUUGAUGUUUGAAGAGACCAGUAGAGGAAUUCAUACAACAAAUAAACUGUGAGGGUCUUUUGACAGCAACAUCUUAAUUAGAAUUGAAUGGACAAAAAAAUGCACUGCCAGAAAAGUUAAGUGGGGUCAUCUGAGGCAGUCCCAAAAUCUUGUUCAGUGGAAGAUUGCUUAUGCACAGGAGUUUUAAAGUUUUAGGUCAUACAGAGAACGUAGUAGUCAGAUUUCUCUGACAUAAUUUUGGGAAAGUCACUAAGGAUCCCACUGUGAACUUUUAGUCCUUGAGACCCUCUGCCUGUGUGUAGAUUGCCAAGAUAUUUGUUACAGUGGAGGAGGAUCAGUGAUAAGUUACUGCUGAGACUCACACAUCUACACCACAUGCAGCUCAGGACCGCAUAUAUCCCGUUUCCUUGGAUAGAUGCCGAUACUGCAUGUGCACUUUGAAGCAGGCCAAGUAAUGGGUUCAGAUUCUUAGUGUCUCUUUUAGAGAUGAGUAUAUUUGGAAGGCAGCUGAGUUUUCAGUGUAGUUUCCUCCAAAACAGACUUCAUUCUUGUAUACCAAAACCACCCUGCAAACUGAAUCAAAGUUCAAUUAGGGAGAAUGAUUGGGAAUUCAGAACAACACUAUUGUCUCAAACCAAAAUGCCAAUGGAGGCUAGAACUUGAACUAUUCUCCCUCUAAGUUCAUCACAGAACUUAGUAGCUGAAUACAAAUUGAAGCAACCUUCUUCCACCUUCCUCCCUUUUCCCUAACCACCCCACCACAAAAAAAAAAAAAAACAAAACAAACAAACAUAACAAAAACAGAAAGAAAGAAACAAAAACAAGUUAAAAUGAGACAACUGAACACUAAGGGGAUAUGAGUAUGUGGAAGAAAAUAAAGGGAUAAUUUUCAGUCAGUAUAAAUUGACACAUACAACAGUAUAAAAUGACUGAUUUAAGAUAAAACCUCUGGAAAAAUGCACAUGCAACAGAUUCCAGAAGUCUCUCCCCAUGAGUUCUCUUACCAGAUGGUGGAUGAGAUCUUUCUUUCCUAAUAUGUCUUUAUGUUCAAUGGUAGCAUACCAUUCAGACAAAGGAAGAAAAAGGCUAUUUGUGUAGAGCUUGCUUGUUGGGACAAUAUGCUUACUGUGCUGUAUGGUCAGAUGAGCACUUAUUUAUUAUAAAUAGAAUGUAUUUGAAUUACUGUUAUAUGUUGAUCUCAUUGUGUCACUUUAGGUUUUGAAAUACUAGCAAGAAUUGCCUAUGCAUUAUGCAGCAUUAUUUGAAUUAUUCAUGUGUGGCAAGUGGAGUUCUGCACUUUAAAAUGUUGCCUUGGCCUAAUGUUUAUAUUUAUGCUGUAUUUUUUGUGCAGUCCUAAGGUUUUGUAGGGAAAAAAAAAAGUGUAUUUUUUCACUGUACUGAAAUUUUCAGUAAGUCAACUUUCUUUUAAAAAAGGGAACUUUAAAAUUACCCUGUCUAAAAGUCUGUGCCUGAUUAUACACUCAUGAAUGGAAAAAUUAUAAUGGUUUUAUGAACUUGGAUAGUAACAUUUAAUGUAAAAAAAAGUGCAGAUAAAUAGAAUUUUUUAGAAUAUAAUUAAGAUAGUGUGGUGCAAGUUAGCAAAAGGUAUUGUUAAAUAUCUAUAAGUUUUAUUGAGCAAAAGAGAACAUAGUUAUUAUUGAUUAUUCAUUUUAAAAAGAUACAUAAGUUUUGAAAAACAAAAAGCCCAAGUUCUUUCAAAGAAUAUCCCAGUUUUAAAAGAAAAGGUAUUAAUGUCAUUACUCAGCCUAGCUGUUUAAAAGUAUUAUUUUAAGAAUUUCCAAUAACAAUCCAUGAGAGAUGGUCAGGUGGACAUCUUCUAAAGUUCUCGAUUUCUAUGAAUAAAUGGUGCUGCUUUAUUUGCAGCCCGGUAUGUGUUAGGAGUCAACUCACCUGUAAAAUUAUAGUGUAGAGUCACAGAAUAAGCUGAGUUGGAGGGGACCCUCAAGGAUCAUCAUGUCCAGCUCCUGGCCCUACAUAGCACCGUCCUCAAGGACAGGGAAGUACGAAGAAAUUUGCAGAAGAGUGGUAGUGGAACACAAAAUACUGCAAAGUAGAAAGGAGAUAGGUCAGAGGAACUCAUAAAAAGAAGGUGAUAUGUCAGAGAAAUUUUAGGUGGGAAAUGCUCAGAAAAGAAGAUACAUUCUCAGGUGAUGUUCUGCUAAGUCAUGGAUGUCAUUCCUUCUAAAAGUCAUUGAGGUACAAAACCUGACCAGGUUUCCAAAGCAGUUACGUACAUGCUUAACAAUACAAGCCCAAAUACCUGCUAAUGGCGUAAUUAUGAAGCUCUUCACAACUUUAAGACCUCUGCUUCAAGAUUUAAAUGAAAAUUACCUGCAAUGGCUCCAGAAGAAACAUAAUGUAAAGGGCACAUUAUGUUUUAUCUACACCUGUCCUGUAAAACAUUUAGCACUGGCCAGGACAGAGGCUGAAUUAGUCUGGUCCCAGUGAAGAGCAUCUGUUCCUGCAUGCCCCAGACAUGAUUCCCUGUCAUGUGCCUGGUGAUGCAGUGAUAACUGAGUCCAGUACAGGACAAAGAGUCUGGUGUGACUGAAGUGACUGAAUACAAAUUGGUUUAGAUAUCAGAUUGUGUAGAAAUGAAGCUCAUUGCUGAGACCACAGCACAUUUUAAAUUACACAAUCAUAUGUAUCUAACACUGAACUUCUAGAUACUAGGACUUUGGCUUAAAGCUGUGGGGUUUUUAAGCCCUUGCACUGUAAGUGCAAAAACUCAUGCUUCUCUUAACCAGCAAAUGACAUCUGCAAGGUAUGAAAAUGAGUAACAAUGUUGACAAAAACAAUUCUUGGGAAGCCAAAAGAAUAUCAGCAACAUUAACAACAAUUUGUUGUUUAAAGUUAAUAGAACUAUUAGUUUAUGUGGAAAGGCUGAGCAAUGUUUUUGGGAGGCAGUUUCCUGGAAACUUCAAUGGAAAUUCUUUCUUAGAAAAUGCCCAGAAUCAGUCUGCUCCAACCAAGAAGGUCCCUUGUGGCUUCUGCAGAGGCAGUCACUUCUAUAGGAGUGAAUGCAGUAGCCAUGCCUAGACCCUCACUUCUUUACCCUGCCAUGACUCAGAAGUAUGUAUUAGGUUUAGUUCUGGCAUUGGUUUGUGGUUUCUCAGAUUUAGUCUUAGUUUGAAAAUAACUAUGCUAAAGGAGUGGAGCUGGGAGAGGGAUAAGGACAAAGGGCAAUCUUACACCAGCCUGCCUAAUGAUUCAACCCAAAAUAUUUGUCCCACCAUGUAGAUGUUAUUAUGUUUGCACAGCUCUUAGACGCAAUGAUUUGGCUUAAUGACUUGAGUGAACUCGUAACAAUUAACAUCAGUCAAGGCUAGGACAUAAACUGUGAGCAGCUGAUAAACACAUAAAAAUGUUUUACUGUGAUCUGCAUUUAAGUCACCACCACCUUGGCUUUCCUUAGCCAAGGGCUCCUAGGCACAUUUAGGUACAAAAAACUCCCUGGAGAUAAGCCUGCAGGAGAAGGGGCCAGUGUUAGUGACAACUGAAGGCUGUAAACAGCAUCCUGUCUGGCCUUGUUUUUUGGAGGUGGGUUGUGUACUCCUCUAACAACUUCUACUGAUGAAGCUUUUAGAAAGCAUUAGUACAUGCUCCUUACCUGAGGAUGUGUGCAUCCCUUGCUUCAAGACAGAUUUUCUUUUCCCACAGGAGAGUUCACAUCUUGCUGGAGUAAGUUUUUCUGAUGCUGAUUUGUCUGCUUGUCACCUGUUGUGCAUAAGCUCUGGUUUAUGUGAAAAUGCCUAACUGGAGUUAAUGUUGUUGAAUUUAUCCUUCCUUUUGUACUUGUGCAGUUUCAAGGAAGAACAAUGUAUUAGGAGAAAUGGUAUGUGCGAUUUCCACUUUUCUGCUUGGUUUUGGUCAUGCUAAAUAGGAAGUCGUACUGUUGAACAAAAUAAAGAGGCCUUGUGUUUACACCAAA